CCCAUGUCGCCAAUACCGCCGUCGCCGUCGCCGCCAGUACUGCUGCCAUCAUUUCUUACCUUAGACCCAGCAUGUCCACCAACCUUCAGACCGCGCCAGGAAAAAGCAAAAAUGGCGCCUACCGUAAAAAGAGUCUAUCGCUGUCUAAGCAAUUGUCCUCACGCACAAGCUCUGAACGCCUCCCCGCCUUUCAAUAACUACGGGCCCAUCGUUCUCCUAAUCGUCGGCGAAAGCAGACAAGAAUUUCCAGUGCACCGCGGGCUGAUCUGCCACCACUCGACAUUUUUCCGGGCAGCGUACGAAGGCGGCUUCCUAGAGAGCACGACAGGGAUAUGUCAUCUGCCAGACGAAGACCCGGUAAUCGUGGAAGCGUUUCUCAACUGGUUGUACACGCGACGGGUAUCGACACUGAGCGUGAAAGAGUACAACAACAGCACGAAGCUACUCGAGGAAUACACGCACCUGUUCGCGCUGUGCAUAUUUGCCGACGUGCGCGGCGUCGCGGCGCUCCAGAACGCGGCGACGGAUGCGCUGUUCGAGCUCGCGGCCUACACGUGGCAGUUCCCGUUCGCGGCCGUGGGCUUCGUGUACGAGAGUACGGCUCCGCGGUCCGUCAUUCGCAGAUUCGUUGUCGAUCUCGUGCUG